AUGGCUUCCACUCCAGAGCAAGUUGUUUGUACGCCGACCUUUGUUUUCCCGGCAGCUUUUCCGGGUGCUGUUGCAAAUGCUGUAAGGGCAAGAGGAACACAAAAUACAGGAAUUGAAAUAUGUGAACAAUUACAGAUGAAUAGUGUAGUUCCCUCAACCCUUACAGAAUACAAAGAUAACCACUCGUACAUCAGACCAGGUAUUCCAAGUUCCCAUAGCCCCAACUCAACUCAACUUUAUUUACCCUCAAGACCCCUCAGCACACCAACUCAUUCUUACCGGGGUUUUGAUCCUCGUUCCCAUUUGGCAAACUUUCAUCAUAACACUGGAACUACAGCAACUCCUCCACCUCCUCAACUGCAACCUCAAGAAGAAACCCAAAAACCCAAGAUAUCUAAUGCUGCCAAUCGUGGUUCAGGUGUUAAAACCCACACACUUUUGGCAAAUAAUGACUAUGCCACAUCUAACCGAAACUUCCUUGUAGCAACUACAAUAGUUCCUACAACUGCUGCCUUUGCCGGGGUAGAUCCAACCAAAGUAGUUUCUGCAGCAGCAGCUCAAGCAGCAGCAAUAGUAGCUGCCGUAGAGAAGCAAGAUGACAUGAAAGACAAGUUAUGGCCAUGUCCAGCAUGCAAGGUUCCUUUCAAGACAGCUUCUGAACUUCAAGCCCACCUCUCUCAUCACACAAAGGGUGAGAGAACGGUUCCAUGUGAAGUCUGUGGUAAGUUGUUUGUGUCAGCAGAACGAGUUCGAGUUCAUGUGCGUGCAGCUCAUGGAGAAAAAUCAUGUUCCUGUGACAUCUGUGGCAGCGGAUUCAGCUACCGUUGUAAGUUGUUAGACCACAUGCGGACCCACACAGGAGACAAGCCAUUCCACUGCGAUGUCUGUGGGAAGAGCUUUUCCCAGAAGAACCACCUGACUCGCCACUCCAUGAUCCACACUGGAGAACGACCCUACCCAUGUGAUUUUUGUGGACGAGGUUUCUACCGGAAGGACAAGCUGUCCCGACACAGACGAAUACACACAGGUGAGAAGCCUUAUAUAUGUUUAGCCUGUGGUAAGGCAUUCUACCGCAGAGAUAAGUUGACACGACAUAUUAAAAUGCACAGUGGGGAAAAGCCUUUUUUGUGUGCCAUCUGUGGAAAAAGAUUUGUUGAAGAAAGAGAUCUGAAGAGACAUAAAUGCUCCUCUCGCCACUUACACAAUUCCAGCUCCAUCAAGUUCCGGACGGCAGCCCCGAGCACUGGGACCCAGCAGCAGCCUGAUCAUCCCCAGCAGCAGCCUGACCAUUCCCAGCAGCAGCCUGACCAUUCCCAGCAGCAGCAUGACCAUCCCCAGCAGCAGCAUGACCAUCCCCAGCAGCAGCCUGACCAUCCCAAGCAGCAGUCCGAGCAACACCAAUGCCAAGCUCUCCCAGCUCAGUCCCAGCCACAGUCCCAGUCCCAGCACCAACCAUGUGGAGCUCAACCUGCAACACACUCCCAACCCUUUCAGAGCCUCCCCUUACAAACCUGACUGGCAAGGUCCUCCACCAGGGGUUCACUGAGUAACUUCAUCUUACACUGGAAGCAGUGACUAGCAUCAGGCUCAGGCAGGCUCACAUUCCCUUUGUUUUUCUCAUUGUUCUUUUUUUUUAUUACUAAAAAUAUUAGGAGCCCAUUAGAUCUGAGCUUAGUUGUUAUUAAGUAUGAAUCUUAUAUAUAAAAGAUUCUUUAUAAAACUGUGUGUUAACUUUUCUAGCCACCAGAGUUGGUGUAUUUGAGACAGUAUUGCAAUUUAUUUGUAUCUUAGUGGGAUGAACAAAAUAUUUUGUGAAUUGUUUAGUAAACAGCCAGUAUAAAUUCAGGCUCUUAGAAGUCAUCAUUUAGAAAAUAUAAAGUAUACAGUUAUUGUUUCAAAUAGUUAGCAUAAUUCUUUGUAAUUUGGUUGUACAUUACAAUGUAUCUAUACUCCCACACAUUGUUUGAAAAUAAGAUCAUAUCAUACUCUGUUUUACAUUGAUAUGCUGUGUUAGCUAUGUUUUGCUAUUUGUAUUAAUCUAUGACUAAUUUGUUGUUAUAACUGUUUUCAUACAUGUUUUUUGUGAAUGUGUGUGUGUGAGUGUUUUUAAUUUUUUUGGCUUUCCCCACCAUGCAUUAAAUAUAUAUAUAUAUUUUUAUUGGUAAAGGAUUGAAAUAGUUUUUAUGCUUGUAUAAUUACACAGAUGUGGUUGUGAGGUUAAAGGCAUAUUGAUGCAAGUGUUCUUAGAGUAUUAUAUAAUGGGCAUUUUGCAUUUUUGUAAACCUAUACAUAUAACAUGUUAAAUAUUCAUUUAGGCUUACUACUAUGGUUUGACAGGGAUAUGAUUAGCCUAAAUGUCUUGUAUAAUAGUGGUAAUCAUAGUUCAUUUGGCAAAAUUUUACAUACUUGCAAUACGUACUGAGGCAAUUUGACAUUCAACAUAAAUUUGUUCCUUGCAUUACAUGUAAUAACAAACAUACUUCCUUUGAUGUUUUACUUUAUGAUCUGAUUACCAUUAUUUAUCAAGUAAGUUGAUGGAUCUUCUCACAACCUUGUGAUGUGUGAUUUUAUAAUUCAUGAUUUGCCUUGUUACAUAUCAGGCUGCAAAUCAUUAUAUUAAAAAAAAGUGCUUUUCAAGAAUUUCCCAUGUAGUUCUUUAAAUUUGGGUGUGAUGAAUAUAACAUUUGUUUUCCUCAUUUCAGCCUGGUAUGCAUAACUUUGAUUCAUGAGCUGAUAAGAAAAUCCUUCUAUGUCAACACCUACAUAACAAUCAAACAAUGAAAAUUUUAAGUUAGGAUACUCUUAUGAAACUUCACACUUGCUUAAAAUAAAGUUAAUGCACAGUAAAAUAGUUCAUAAGUUUUAUUUUUGAAAAAAAUGAAUAUCUAAAUAUCAAGAAAAAAUGUUUUGUUGCUCAUGGUGUUAUCAUGUUUCAAAUUAUUAGUGUACUUGAAUCUUGGUAGAUUAAGAGUUAUUGGUUUGAAUGAUUUUUUUAGUUUAGUUGAUUUCUUGUGUAGGUGUUGGUAUUUUUAAGAAGUAUUUUCUUUUUGUACAGAUGUAUACAUAGCCAUCAAUUUAAGAAGAAUUAGCUAUUCUUAAGACAUGGAUAUUAAUUUCAAUUAAAGAUCUAAGAUGGUUAUUUAAUCAUGACAGAUUGAGAUACUUGAAUUUUUUAUCAAAAUUGUUCAAAUGUCAUUAUAAACCUAUAGUAAGUGUAGUAAAUAUAGAUUUCUCUUGAUCAAUAUCAGUUUUAAUUGUGUCUUUAAAACCAGUGCUUGCAGCUAAUAAUAGCAAGGGAUUUGUUUUAUGAACUUUAAAGAAAACUUUUCUAGCAUUAUAGUAUUCAACAGAAAAGGACUUUAGGAACAGGUAAGACUACAGGAUCUCAAAUGAAUGGUAAGGCCACAGAAAAAUUUGUAAUAAGCUAUUAUCUUUUUUUUUUAUUCAUUGUUUUCAUUUUAGAGAGUGGGUAAGGGGUCUUUGAGAAAACUUACGGAUGUAUUAAAUAAUUAUCCAACCAAGUUCUUAAUAAUAAAGGAGGAAAUUAAUUUUUGAAUGUUAUUCUUUGUCAAAAGCAUGUUUUACUGUUAUUUAUCCUUGUUUCUUUACAGGCAAAAAUGUUAGUAAAAAUAACAACAUAAAGAUGAUUAGUUUUUGAAUUGGGCACAUACAUUGAUUUAGCUUGUGUUAGAUAAAAUCUCAAAAGUGAUGAGGUAAGAGCUAAAUUUUUCUAACUUCUUUCAUUGAAAGCUAUUUCAUAAGUUAUAUAAUUUUGUUUCACAUACAAAAUAAGUAGUUUCAUACAGUAGUUAUGUCAAAUUUCUGCACAAGCUUACUUAUUCUGAAAACUUACUAUACUGGGGGUUGUAAAACUUGUGUGUGAUGGUACAGUACUUAAACAAAAAGAAUCAAGCAUAGCUGAUGAUAGAAUACACUAUCACGUUCAAGAAAGAAACUUAAAUUCUUGAGUACUAGAUUAAGAGAUGAGGAUCCCACUUGGGUUUUUAAGUUUAAUAUUAUGAACAACUUUACAGCAGAAAUAUUUUUUAAAGCAACUAAAACUACAACUGUGAUGUUUCAGCCCAAAGGCCUGAAGAUGGCCCACAGUUUUAAUUGCUCGAGAAAGAACACUGAUGCAUUAAAGCUGUUCACAGUAUUCAACUUAAGUUCUGUAACAUGAUAAUAGUGUAGUCAGAAUUAAUACUGCUUAUCACCUAGUACCAGAUACACUAGACAAAACUAAACAUAUUUUCCAAUUUGAAUGAUUUUUCAUGUGGAUAGUGAGGAUGGGAAGGUGUGUUCCUUUGUACAAGCUCUAGAGACAUAAUUUUUGUGUAAUGUAGCAUUGGAGGAAAAUUAGUGCUAUAUGGUACGGCCCUGUGGAUGAAGUGACAACUUUAAAAGGCAGUGGGUAUAAAACUAUUACUUAAAAAUUUGUUGUUAAUCUAUGAAAAUAUCUUUAAAAAUUCAUAAAAAAAAGUAUUAAUUUUAGUCCUUACUUUUUUUAACGUAUAUACUUUAGUUAGAAAUGUGAUGAAUCGUAUUACGUGAAAUGUUUUUGAAUGAUGUUCACAAUAAUUAUGAUGCUUUAAUUAACUGAUGCUUAAAAAUAUUGUCAACUGUGAUGCUUUUAUUUUAAGUUUGAUAGUAACAAGAGGUGAAUUAAAUCAGAUUCAUCAUACUAGUAUUUAUAACAAGUUUUCUUUCUUGAAACUGAAUAUAUUGUUUUCAUAUUUUUAUUUUACAACAAAUAUAUAUAAUUUUCUGAGUUUUUAAAAUUGAUUCAGCUAAGGUAACUUGUUAGCUUUAGGGAUUUUUAAAUAUCACAAAUAUAUAUUUACUAGUUAUUUAUGAUGCGGCUAUAUUUCAAAGCAUAUUUUAAAUACUAAUUUGAGAAAUGACAAAAAGCACAUGUUCAGCAAAUUAUAUAAUGAUUAAUAGCUGAUUUAGUAUAAGCCCAUCAGGUAAAAAGUAUUCUUAGAAAGAAAAAAAAAGACAUGGUAGUAACCACAAUUUUCAUAGAUGUUUGACUCUACAACUAACAUUAAUGUUGCAGGAAUUAUAACGUAUGUAUCAUAGGUUACAACGUGUAAUUUGCACAGUAGAAUAGAGUUGUUUUUUAUCAAAGCUAAAGCAGAAGUAUUGUUGGAUUUAUCAUAUCCUCUAUGCUGUAAUGUUGCUGUCUUAGUGAAUCCAUUUAUUUGAGGACAAGGCUGGGCAGCCAAAACUACUGUUGUGAGAGUAUUGCACAUACAAAACCUCAUUUAUGAGAUUUCUGAAAGGAAUAGCUUUCUAAUUUACAAGUCUAUAGAUAGUUUCAAGUUGGCAUACCCAAGUAAUUAGUGCUGUUUCUCACCGAUAUGUUCCUAAGAUUUAUUUUAAAACUUCAUGAUAUCACAAAUAUGAGAUAAUCAUUUUUCUGUAAUCAUCAUAUUUGGUGUUUUACUUUCAGAGUGAAAUGUAUUUAAGACAUAAAUAUAAAAUGUGUACAUGUUAUAAAAUUGGCUAAGCCUUCUUACUUGUUCAUUCAUUUCAACUUGUGAUUAAACUGACUUGUUGCUUGUCACAGUGAUUUAAACUCACCCAAAUAUGACAUUUUUGUAGCUGUUGAACUUAGUUGAUUAGUCAAGUAUCUAUGCAUUUAACUAAGUUAGUUAUGAAAUGUGUUAUAAAAUACAUGGUUUAUGUGGAAAAGGGAAAUUUUGAAGUAAUACGUGGGAAUGAUUGUUCAUUUGAAAACUUAAAAGUUCUGAUGUUUUGGUCAUGAAAGGAGUUGCAUUACAUUGGUUUCUUUGUCUAUUACUGUUUAAUUUAUAAUCUAUACUGUUUUCUCAAUAGCUUUAGUUAUAUAACAUGCAAAUAUUUCUAAAAGUUUACCUUAUAAGCAUCAGCCAGUAAACAAGCAAAAACUGAAAUAUUUACAAGUGACUAAAUUUUUAUCUAGAGAAAAUAAGUGAUCCUUCUUUGAUAAGGUUUAUUUUCAAAGAAUCAACUCAUAAAAAAAAAAAGGUCUUAUUGAAAAAGUUUUGAAAAAAAUUUCCUAAAUUAAUGCUGCUUGCAUAAUUAUGAUUAUUAAUAAGCUAGCAAAGUAUGUUUCUAAAUCCCACUUUCAUAGUGUUAUUUGGAAGUAGAUAUUUGAAAGUAAUAGGCAUAAAAUUAGUGAUAAAAAUCACUUAAACUGCAGAUUUUGAAUCCAAAAUGGACAGUGUAAUGUGGAAAAACAUAUGUAAUAAUAGCUUUAGAUACAUUGCCAGCUUUUGAAAUUUAAACCAUAACUUUUAAAAUAUUAUACUGCAUAGAUAAAUAGUGUUUCAGAAAAUCUUUUGUCUCAUCAUCUAGUCUAGCUGAUGAGUUCUGGUGUUGAAUGAAGGGCCUCUUGGGCAGUCAUGUGGGAAACAAAAGAUAGUUCUUAAUUGGUGUUUUUACACACCUCUGAUUUUGAAUCCAAAAUGAACAAACUAAGAGGUAUGUAGAAAAAACAAAUCAGCAGUUUACGUGAUUUUUAUCACUAAUUUUAGACCUAUUGGUUUUUAAAGCUUUGCCACUUUUGUUAUUUAAUCCUGUACUUAAAGCCUUUUUAAUAAUAUAUAUUAUAAGAUUACUAAGAUAUAAUUAAGCUUGUAACAAUAAAUUGCAUGGUUUUAAGGAUAUUUUUAAAAGAAAUUAGUCCUCAUGUUGUCAUAUGAUAUCAUUGUGACACCUUAGCUAUAACUGCUGCAUGAACCUUUCCUAAUGUUCAUGUUAAAUCAUUUAAACUUGUUAUUAGUUAUUGAUAGCAACAACAAUAAAUAUAACAGUUUAGGUAAAAUGAACUUUGAGAAUACAUGGAUGUAAAUACAUUUAAAUUGUUAAUGCUUGGCAGGCUUGGAUAAAUGGGCAUCCAGCUAAGAUAGCUUGUCUUUUAUUAUCUAUUUUUAUUUAAUUUUUUGUUUUACUAAUCUUGUAAAUGUGUUUUUUUUUGCUACAGUAUUUAAAAAUUCAUUCCUUGUUCUUUUAUCAUUUGCAUGUUGGGCCUUAAAAAACUAUGAUUUAAAAAUACUGCAAUAGAUAACAGUAAAUAAUGUUUUUUGCUAUCCUUAAUUCAUAGAACCACAAUUUUUGCUAAGUCUUCUUACAUUGCCCAGUAAAUAAUACUGUACUGUUAAUCUGUUUUGAAAACUUUGACAAGUAGAAGCCUAAUCUCUCUUCUGUAGUUUAUCACAUAGGAUGUUUCCUUUUUAUAUAUAUUUCUCACUAAGACACAUCAUUAAGAAUACUGAGAGCUUAUUAAAGUUUUAAAAUGACUUUCUUUUUUUUUUAAGGGUAAUGAUGUGGAACAUUUAUUUCUGAAAUGAUCAACUUACCUCUCUGCAUACAUUAGCAGUUUCCUGUGUGCCUCUCUUUGAGAUUUUGCACAUGCCACCAGUCUUGAACUACCUCCCACCUAAAUCAUAUUUUGAUUUUAACUGUUCUAAUACACGAUGUAAUCAUCGUGCCCGGUAUGAGGGUAACACAUCUUUCAUGCACAGUAGAUCCUCUUAAGCAUUUGUAUUCAAAAUUAACUUCACUCUUAAACUCGGCACUACCUUUAACAGAUGUGUUUAAUUUUGCUCUUUGUGACUGACUUUAUUUAGUAAUAAUGUUUAGUAUCAUAGUUACUGUUUUUCUGACUUUUAUUUCUGUACAUUCCUAUUCUUUUGUGAGAUUUAUAAUUCCAUUUCCCACUUUCGUUCAUUUCUGCACAUUGGUAAACUACAAGUUUUGUUAGGGUUACCUUUUGUGUUGAUUUUCAAUUCUGCUAACAGAAAUUAUUCUAUACCCUGUACUUCACACAUUUUCUUGAAUCAACUGGUUUUUGUACUUGAAUUUCUAAGCCUAUGAUCUAUUACUUUGUGAGGUCAUGAGUCUUAAUUCCACAAACCUGUACAUACCAGUUGUUGCAUUAAAAAAACUUUAGAUGAUAUUCUUGAGCAGGUCUACACUAUGAACUCUCAUGUUUCUGUGACUUUGUCCUCUCUAGUUCUAGCUCUGUUCGAAAAGCUAAAAUAUCAUCUGGAAUGAGACUAGUUAAUGUUCUCUACUAUAAUUGUUUGCAGAACUCAAAAUACCAUACAAUUAAUAUCUUGAAACUCCUCACAGCUUCUACACAUUUAUGGCUGCUGGAGGUUCCUUGUCUGUGGGAAAUGUUACUGCUAGUUUUCACCAUGUAACAGAUUUUGCCCCCUCCCCCCUAUUUCCUACAUGUUCUCCAUUCCUGAGCCCGACCACGAGGCUGACAUUUUUCUCGCUAUUUUUGCUGUCUGGUUUUGCUCUGGCCUUGUCAUUCUCUGUUGAAAAACACAUCAUUCCUCUCUGUCUUUGCUGAUUGUGUCAGAUUUAUACUGUGCUUUCCCUUUCUCCUCUGUUCUGAGUUUCUUCAUGAUCUUUAUUCCCUUCUUUUGUGCUGUAGUUUAUUCUUUUUCUCCAUGUUAGAUUUUCCUGUUUAAACAUCUUUUCCACUCUUCUCUGCCUCAUCCUCCUCCUAUCCAUGAUUCCUUUAACAUUGAUUAUAGUCACUCCCCUUUUGCCUUUUUUGAUUCUUAAUUCCUGGAAUCCCUUCUGGGAUGUUGACCCUCUAUCUCCAGUAUCCCUUACCAGAGCUCCCUUCUCUCAUCUUUGCCUUCUCCUUGCUCUAUCCCUUCACUUUCUGUUUUCUUCUUAUCUCUUAUAUGAAGCACUCAGUCAGUUUUUCUGGGGUAUCUCUAGUCAGUCCUUUUCCCUACUUAGACCAGUGUCUCAUCAUUAGCUCUCUUUCUCCUCAUAUGGUUUCUGUUGUAGUUGAGAUCUAUUGAAACAUGACACCCUUUUCUCUGUCAUUCACCUUCUUCAUAUUUCCCUACAUGACUUGCAUCUCACUCCACUCAUUUGCCACAAGGUUUUUGGGGUGUUCAUCUCACCUUGGAGUGUCGGGCAGAAGCUGCUUGCCAUAAUUUUUCUUUCAUGGAAAAAGCCUGCACUGGGGAAGUGCCUGCCCACUUUCCUGGCUUGCACAUUCCAGCUUUUCAAAAUAUGUUUUGUGGCAACUUCUUCAGUAAAAAUUCUUUGUGGUAGUUAGGUCUGAUCAGAUCUGGGCCUUUCUCUGGAUUCUUCCCAACAUAAAUCCUCUCCUGCUCUUUAAGAGAAAUAUGAGAGUCCCUUGUCAUUCCAAGUUUUUAGCCAUUGGGGUGGUCAACUUGCAGAGUCGCUCACUUGUUUUGCGAUCCCUCCAUAGAGAGUCCUAGUUGACAGCACACUGUGGUGGGAAUUAGGGCUGGGGUGUCAAUGUAGUACAGGUUAUUUUAUUUUAUGCCAAUUUCAUGGUGGUUUUCAUCAACUGGUGGGGCAAAGUGUUGUUCUUAGGAGGCAGGUAGGGACUUUAGUAUCCAUUGCUGUAUGGUGAGUAAAUCGUACAACAGAACACAUACCAAACCUUGCAGUCUGAUUAUUGUCCUAGCCAUACUACACCUCAUGUCUUUCAUGUUCAUGUAUUUUUUCUGCCCACACCUGCAAUUAUUGGCUUGUUUUUGCCUUCAUCCUUUCUCAGAAUGAUAUAGUUUUGCAUGAGUGUUGCCCUUCUAGUAAGUUCCCAUUAAGGGAGCUCUUCUAAGUUUUCUUUUUUGCAUCAACCCUUCCACCACAUUAGUGUCAGAUUCUAGUUACUGUGUACAGAAAAGUAAGUGUAUCAUUUCAGAAGUUAGCAUCAUUUUUACCUGAAAAUGUAUUUCUGAUAGGUCUUUCCAUCAUUCCUCCCCGCUACCAGUGCACAUUAUUCUUGCCUUGUCUAAGAAUAGAAUUAAUUUUGAGUGCAAGUGCUUAUUGGGGAUCUACUGUGCAUGAAGGAUGUCACCCUCCUAUUGGUGGAGGUCUAUUCCUGCAUGAUGAUUACAUCAUGUACUAGUGCAGUUAAUGCAAAACUUGAUUUAGGUGGGAGGUAGUUCCAGGCUAGUGGUGUGCACAAAACAAUGGCAGGUGUGUGAGAAAUUGCUAUUGUGUGGAGACAGGUAAGUAUCUAUUGGAGAUAUAUUUUAAGGUAAGGAAAAUAUUAACUUCCCACAAUUUCAUUAACCUUGAAUCAGAUGAGUAACUUGAGUAUUUGUCAUUACUGGGCUGCUUUUUAAAUUCUGACAUUAAGUUUUUUCUUCUCAGCAGGCUGCUAGGUUUCUUUCUGUAGAGCUUGUGUUGCUUGAUUGUAAAUAAAUAAUUAAUUUAAAAAUAAUUUUCUGAGAAAAAUCUCUUAAACACAGCUUUGGUGUUUAAAGACAGUUUUGCCAGUGUACUUUACCUCUUACAUGAAUUGCUUUAUGAAAUUUUCAAACCUUCGGUGAUUUAACUGCUUAAAAAUUGUCUUCAAACAUUAUACCUAAUAUUUUAGAUAACAUUUUUAAGAUUUAUUCCAACUUACCAGUACUAAUUGUACCAAUAUUACUAUCUGUUUAAAGAACAUAACCAUUAAAUUUCACAUUUGCUUUUAGCUACUACCUUCAGUUUUAUCAAAGUAAUCUUGUUACUUUUACAGAGAUUUUAUCAUCUGAUUCUAGUGUUCUAUCUGAACUCAUACCAAAGUUAAUCCAUGUAAUAAUAAUAAUAAAGGAACAAAAUGGUGAGAUGUUUAUUACUAUUUCAGCAUACUAAUAGUCAUCAUAACAAAGUUAGUCUUGUUUCUAUUAAAGGGACAACAUUUUGAGAUUUUACUACUAAAUUUCAACUUAUCAGCAUUAAUCAUACCUAAGUCUUGUUAAGCACAAACAAAAACUAAGUGACUUAUCUUAUUUGAGCUUAACAGUAUUUUUCUAAUAUAGAAAUAAAUCCAUGAGAUAUUAUCAGCUAAUUUUAGCAUACCUUUAACAAACACAUCAAAGUUAGUCUUAUUACUAUCACAGGCCAAAAAUCAAUAUAUUAUACAUUCAGUUCCAGCUAGUUUGUUUGUUUAUGCUAUUGUGUAUAACCAUGUGAUUUUAUUACUGGAUCCUAUCUUACCAUGUAGUUAUAUUAAAUUGAGUGUGGUAACUAUUACAGUGCUAAACUUAAACAUUUUUAGUAAUGUUAAACUCUCAUGAAUCAAGUGUUGAAAAAAAGUAUUUUCUUAGUAUGGGGAUUUAACAUUUAGAGAGACAUCCUCCUUUAUAGCUUCUUCAUGGCUCUUAGUAUAUGAAUUUUUGGCAUUUUAUUUCAUCAUAACUUAAAUAUAUUCAUGCUAAUGAUAGAGAUUGUGAACUAAUCAUGAUAAUUUUACAGAAAUAACUAAGUUAACUGUAACUUAGUCAUUUAUAAAAGUACAAGUUUUGUUUUACCACAGAAAUUAAUAACCAUAUAAAUUUUCUGUCUUAAAGAUGGUAGUAGUACAUAUUUAUUAUCUCCAGUGCCAUUUGGUAUACAUAAAGUAAGACUGAUUAGUCAAAGACUCGUGGUACAGGUCAAGAAGUCUUUUGGUCAGCAUUUAAGGUGUCAAAAGAUAAAGUGGUAAAAUACUGGCCAAUUAAGGCUAAUAAUGGUUAGGAAAAUAAUCAGUUACUGUGUGAAAUUUUUGUAAUUUAAUUUGAGGGAAUUAUAUUUUAUUUGUAGGGUUUCUGUGGAAGUUGAUUAUUUUAAAUUUAAACUUUAAGAGAAGAGGGAUUUUUAUUCUGUGUAUGGAUUUGAAGAUUACAAGCACACAAUUCUGUAUGUUUUAAUUUUUACUCUGAUAUGUGCCUUACUGGUCUUUGAUAUUUUAAACUCUUGCUCAAGAUUCAAACACUUAAGAAAUUGUUUCUGAAUUUCAUUUAAAGAUCUAACAAAUCUACCUGUGGUAACCCUUUGUAUAAGUUAUUUUAGGUUAGAGUAUUUUGAAUAAAAAAUAGCAAAGUUUCAAUAAAAACAUGAAGAAAACAAAAUGUUCUUACACAUCAUUGGUCAAAUGCUAUUUCUGGACUAACUGAAUUGCUAUUUCACACAAUAUUGUACUGAUGCAUUUUUGUAGAAAUAUAUUCCUUUAUUUUAUUUUUUAAAGAUAACAAAAAUGUGUACCUUCUAGCUUGUUUCUUGUUUUUGAAAAUGGUUAAAUUUAAGGCCUUCAACUUUUAUGAGUGACCUGUCUUAACCUUUACCCACAUACAUAGCUUAUCUUCAUUUUUCACAGAAUGAAUUAAAAAA